CACGGCUCUCCUUCCGAUAAAGAUCCUACUGCCAACCGGGGGUUGUGUGAGGAAAUCUCAUGUGGUGAUCGCCGGGAGCUCCAGGCGGGAUACACGUGUACAUCUCCCGGGAGGUCAUGGACGAGGACCGCGCCGGAGAGCAGAUGAGACCGCUACUCACCACGGGUCACGAUGAAGAAGCAGUGGUUGAUUUGGGGAAAACCAGCUCUACGGUCAAUACAAACUAUGAGAAGGAAGAACUAGAAAGUCACAGAGCAGUUUAUAUUGGAGUUCAUGUACCUCUAGGCAGACAGAGCCGUAGGCGCCAUAGACAUCGUGGCCACCGACAUCAUCGGAGAAGAAGAGAAAAAGAAAAUGACAAAGAUGAUGGCCGGGAGUCUCCAAACCAUGACACCCCAUCCCAACGUGUUCAGUUUAUUCUGGGCACUGAGGAUGAUGAUGAAGAACACAUCCCACAUGACCUCUUUACAGAAAUGGAUGAGCUAUGCUUUCGGGGUGGAGAGGAAUGUGAAUGGAAGGAGACUGCAAGGUGGCUUAAGUUUGAAGAGGAUGUUGAAGAUGGCGGAGACAGGUGGAGUAAACCGUAUGUGGCCACACUCUCUCUACAUAGCCUAUUUGAGCUGCGAAGCUGCAUACUCAAUGGCACAGUGAUGCUGGACAUGAGAGCCAGUACUAUCGAGGAAAUUGCAGAUAUGGUACUGGAUAACAUGACUGCAUCAGGUCAGCUGGAUGACUCCAUGAGGGAGUUGGUCAGAGAAGCUCUCCUGAGAAGGCAUCACCACCAGAACGAGAAGAAGUUGAGUAACCGUAUUCCCCUGGUGCGGUCCUUCGCUGACAUAGGCAAGAAACAUUCUGAUCCUCACUUGCUUGAACGAAACGGGGAAGGCCUUUCAGCCUCCCGUAACUCUUUGCGAGCAGAAUCUCGCCUUUCUCUUCUCCUCAAUUAUCUUCUUCCUCCCUCGAGAGUCGGAACUCCAGCUGGCUCCAGGCAAACCACCCCUGUGCCAACCCCGCAAAACACACCUCCUUCCAGCCCUAAAUUCAGUCGGCUGGAGUCUUCAAGUUCUCAGCAGAUUGAGCAGUGGGUCCCAGAGGCACAGCUUAUUACUGCAGAUGUUAUCCCCACUGUAAUAGUUCAUCCACCAGAAGACGAUGGUGAAAACAGUGAUGUCUCCGUCAUAAAGAAUGAAGAACAUGGGCUUCUAUCUUCACCACAGUCAACACCAGCAAAUUUAGAUCUUAGCAAAUCAUCUGAGCUGAAACGGAACGGAAAUGGGGGCAGUCAGGAGAACAGCACUGUGGACUUUAGCAAGCAGAAUUAUGACUCCUGGCACUGUAAUUGUGGCACGUUUGUAAUGGGACGCAAGAGGUCUGGUGUUGAUAUGAAUUUCAUGAGGAAAAUACCUCCAGGAGCUGAGGCAUCAAAUGUCUUGGUGGGAGAAGUGGAAUUUUUGGAUCGGCCCAUUAUUGCCUUUGUGAGAUUAAGUCCAGCAGUUCUUCUCUCAGGUCUAACAGAAGUACCAAUCCCAACAAGAUUCUUGUUUGUAUUAUUGGGUCCAACUGGAAAGGCAGCGCAAUACCAUGAAAUAGGAAGAUCCAUUGCUACUUUAAUGACAGAUGAAAUAUUCCAUGAUGUAGCCUAUAAGGCAAAAGAUAGAAAUGAUCUUCUUGCAGGGAUAGAUGAAUUUUUAGACCAAGUAACAGUCCUACCUCCAGGAGAGUGGGAUCCAUCCAUUCGUAUUGAGCCACCAAAAAGUGUUCCUUCGCAGGAAAAACGUAAGAUCCCAACUAUACCAAAUGGUUCCACCCCAACAGGUGAGACGAUAAAGGAGGAGGAUCAUCAUGCUGGCCCUGAGCUUCAGAGAACUGGAAGGCUUUUUGGUGGUUUGAUGCUUGACAUCAAAAGGAAAGCACCUUUUUUCUUGAGUGACUUCAAGGAUGCAUUAAGCCUGCAGUGCCUGGCCUCCGUUCUUUUCCUAUACUGUGCCUGUAUGUCUCCUGUAAUCACUUUUGGAGGUCUUCUGGGAGAAGCCACACAAAACAGAAUAAGUGCAAUAGAGUCUCUUUUUGGAGCAUCAUUAACAGGCAUUGCCUAUUCUCUCUUUGCUGGACAACCCCUUACAAUAUUGGGAAGCACAGGUCCAGUCUUAGUGUUUGAAAAGAUACUGUUUAAAUUCUGCAGGGACUAUAACCUGUCCUACCUGUCUCUGCGCACCAGCAUUGGUCUGUGGACGGCCUUCUUGUGUUUAAUGCUCGUGGCCACGGAUGCAAGUAGUCUGGUCUGCUACAUUACACGGUUUACUGAAGAAGCAUUUGCUGCUCUCAUUUGUAUUAUAUUUAUUUAUGAAGCACUGGAGAAACUGUACCAUUUGGGAGAAAAAUAUGCUUUUAAUAUGCACAGUGAUAUUGACUUGCUGACAAGAUACUCGUGUGUGUGCGCAGAGCCAGCCAUCCCCAACAAUAACACUCUUUCUAUGUGGCAGGCAAAAAAUAUCACUGCAAGCGACGUAUCCUGGAGAAAUCUCACAGUCUCUGAGUGUAUCGCACAUCAUGGUUCAUUUGAGGGUCCAGCUUGUGGUCAUCAUGGUCCAUAUAUACCAGAUGUUUUCUUCUGGUGUGUAAUAUUAUUUUUCACAACAUUCUUCCUUUCAUCCUUCCUAAAGCAAUUUAAGACCAAGAAUUAUUUUCCAACCAAGGUACGUUCUACAAUCAGUGAUUUUGCUGUCUUCCUGACUAUAGUCAUUAUGGUCCUUAUUGACUACCUUGUCGGUGUUCCAUCACCAAAACUUCAUGUUCCUGAAAAGUUUGAGCCCACACUAAAAGAUAGAGGAUGGAUCAUAGAUCCUCUUGGGACAAAUCCUUGGUGGACAUUACUAGCUGCUGCCAUCCCAGCCUUGCUAUGCACCAUUCUGAUCUUCAUGGAUCAGCAAAUCACUGCUGUGAUUAUUAACCGGAAGGAACACAAGCUAAAGAAAGGGUGCGGCUAUCAUCUUGACCUGUUCAUGGUCGCCAUCAUGCUGGGAAUAUGUUCAGUCAUGGGAUUACCGUGGUUUGUGGCUGCAACUGUUCUAUCUAUCAGCCAUGUUAAUAGCUUGAAAGUGGAAUCUGAAUGUUCUGCUCCAGGAGAACAGCCAAAAUUCCUGGGCAUCAGAGAGCAGCGAGUGACAGGUCUUCUGAUCUUUGUUCUGAUGGGACUAUCUGUAUUUAUGACCUCUGUAUUGAAGUUUAUUCCAAUGCCGGUUCUGUAUGGUGUGUUUCUGUAUAUGGGCGCUUCUUCGUUGAAGGGUAUCCAGUUUUUCGAUCGUAUCAAGCUGUUUGCAAUGCCUGCCAAACAUCAGCCAGACCUGAUCUAUCUGCGUUAUGUUCCCCUUUGGAAAGUCCACGUGUUUACUGUCAUACAGCUGACAUGUCUUGUGUUGUUGUGGGUGAUCAAAGCAUCUGCAGCGGCUGUAGUAUUCCCUAUGAUGGUUCUUGCGCUGGUCUUUAUCCGCAAACUUUUAGAUUUCUGUUUUACUAAGCGUGAAUUGAGCUGGCUGGAUGAUCUGAUGCCAGAAAGUAAGAAAAAGAAAGAAGAUGAUAAGAAGAAAAAAGAGAAGGAGAUUGAAGAUGAUUCAGCCGAGGAAGCUGAGCGAAUGCUUGAAGUCGAUGAUGGUGAAAAUGUACAGCUUGCCUAUGAGGGCAGAAACCUUCUCCAGAUCCCAGUGAAGAGCUUGAAAUACAGCCUUGACCCGUCGGUUGUAAACAUAUCAGAUGAGAUGGCAAAAACUGCACAAUGGAAGGCUCUUUCAAUGAAUCCUGAAAAUGCCAAAGUAACCAGGCCUAACCAGAGUCCUGACAAACCAGUUAGUGUGAAAAUCACCCUAGAAGAUGAAAGUUUCCGAAAAUACGUGGAUGCUGAAACCUCCCUAUAGAGCUGUGUCAAGAAGAAGAAGAGAGUGUGUGUGUGUGUGUGUGUGACAUGUGUAUGAAUGGUACCACACGUGUAUAUCAGACCAUCAGAGUGCAAAGACAUUUCCAGAAUACUGUACGUGCACCUCCUAAAUUAUUAGCACUGUAAAUACUGUAUAGGAUCUAAAGCAACUGUCUCAGUUGUAAUAUGGCACAGGAUGAUCACUCUGCAAUUAUUUAUUCAAUAGGAAUUUUAUAAACCUAUUUUAAUUGAUUUUAUUGUAUAUUUAAUAACCUGUCAUCAAGCAAUAGUAUUAGAACAAAGCCAUCAGAAAGUUCUCCAUUUGUCAUUCCCAUACGUUCCCUAAAGAAAUCCCAUUUUACUAUGUUGAAAAAUAAUGCAAAUCUGUUUGCUUUUU